UUCGGUUUCAGUGCAAAAGACGAUUGCUUACAUAGUCGGAUUUUUAUCUGCGACGAUCUGCUGGCCAUAUAUGUUGAAUUAAAGAGUGGAAUAUCUAUAGAAUAGACUCCCAACUAAUAAACACGACGAGCAUGCAGAAGCCACAUCAAGGUUUGUGCUGGAUGUUGCUUCUUCUGGCAUCGCUGAUCGCCACUUUUAUGCUGGCCUUUAGCUACUGGAUGUUUGUGCCGCGCGAGGAGUCAUUUUGGUCUAUGAUAUCCAACAAUUACAGUGGAACUAGAAUAAAGUACUCCAUGCCGCCGUCAGCAGUACCUGAGGAACUUAAACUUCGGCAAAGACCGCCGUUCGUUUACCAGAUAUUACAUUAAAAGAAGCAGUAUAGUGUAGUGUUUAUAUGCUAUGUAUUCUUACGCUAGUUUAACAAUAAAUUAAAUGUACACAGAA